CGUCGCGGCGGCCGCAGUUGGCGGAGCGGCCGCGGUGGCCGGGGCGGUCUGCCGGCCGGGCUUCGGGCCGCGAGGAUCCCGCUCUUCUACCCGUGGGCGCCCGGGGCGGAGAGAAGAGCGAAGACACCGGGCCUCCGGCGGCAUGAACCGGCCUCACCGCGGGGCGGCGGGCAGCCGGGGCCUCGGCACCAUGGAGGUGAAGAGCAAGUUUGGAGCAGAAUUUCGGCGGUUUUCUUUGGAGAGGUCCAAACCUGGGAAGUUUGAGGAGUUCUAUGGAUUAUUGCAGCAUGUGCACAAGAUACCCAACGUUGAUGUUCUAGUGGGAUAUACAGACAUUCAUGGAGAUCUGCUGCCUAUAAAUAAUGAUGACAAUUAUCAUAAAGCGGUUUCCACCGCCAAUCCCCUACUCAGGAUUUUCAUUCAGAGAAAAGAAGAUGCAGACUACAGUGCCUUUGGUACCGAUACUAUGACAAGGAAGAAGAACGUCUUAACAAACGUGUUACGUCCAGAUAAUCACAAGAAGAAACCACACAUUGUCAUUAGCAUGCCACAAGACUUCAGACCAGUGUCUUCUAUUAUAGACGUAGAUAUUCUUCCAGAAACCCAUCGCAGGGUACGACUUUACAAGUAUGGAACUGACAAACCCCUUGGAUUCUAUAUACGGGAUGGCUCUAGUGUCAGAGUAACGCCACACGGAUUAGAAAAAGUUCCAGGAAUUUUCAUAUCCAGGCUUGUCCCUGGGGGCCUGGCUCAAAGCACAGGCUUACUGGCUGUCAAUGAUGAAGUACUGGAGGUGAAUGGCAUAGAAGUUUCAGGAAAAAGCCUUGAUCAAGUUACAGACAUGAUGAUUGCAAACAGCCGUAACCUGAUCAUUACAGUCAGACCAGCAAACCAGAGAAAUAAUGUUGUGAGGAACAGUCGGAAUUCUGGCAGCUCCGGUCAAUCUACUGAAUCUAGUCUUCCAAGCAGCACACCAAAUAUUUUAGCAAACUUCUUGCAAGGAGAAGAAGAGAGUGACGAGGAGGACAUCAUUAUUGAAGAUAGUGGUGAGCCACAGCAAAUUCCUAAAGCUGCACCUACCAGCCUGGAAUCAUUGACGCAGAUUGACCUGCUCCAUGAGCCAACACAGAAUGGCUUCCUUCCUUCCAGUGAGGUGAACUUGAAUCACUCAGCAUGCAACAUUAGCAUGGAAUACGAAGUACAGAACCCAGAUCAUAAGUCAUUAGAAGAAGACGGGACUAUAAUAACACUAUGAAGUUACAUUGGUGUACUCUGUACUGAGCAAGGAUGCUGUACACUUUUGAUUUGGCAUAAUAUAUAAUGUUUUAUACCUCUCCAUCUACUGUGCACUGCAAUUUGCUUAAAAGGAGGAAGAGAUAGUAAAUGUAAGAAAUUCACAAUGAUGUAAGUUGACUGACUCUGCACUUCCAUGUAAAUACUUCACAAAUAUAAAGAAUAGUUGAUAACUGACUGAAAUUUAAAUUGAAGGUGAAGGAUAGCUAAGAGAUAGCUGUGAGCUUUCUCUUAACGGUACUUUUGUUUGUUUUUUUUAUGCAAAAUACUAUUGGUUCUAUGGAAUCAAACUUCCAUUAGUGUCUGAGGUUGAUUAUCUAACGUGCUGUGGUUUCACGUUCAACUGAAGUGCUGCUUAUAUACGAUGGAGCUGCUUUAGUCAGUUAAUUCCUCUUCUGGACCUCUUCUGGACUGCUGUUUCUCUGAUAGAGCUGUCUGUGUAUCUCUGCGUAUGAGAAAACAAAAUAAGCAGGAGAUGGGCUGGGAAAGAGGUACUCUUGUUGGUGAGGUUCCUGAGUCAUUGAGCAACAGCAGUAUGUAAGGUCAGCAGCUUAUCCUCAGACAGGGCCUUCUGAGGCUGACUGCCCUGCUGUGGGUGUGUAACCACUGGCUCGUUAGUCACGCAUCUAUACUGUUUUUAAUUUGCCUUUUAUCAUGAGGUUCAUUUACUUUCAAUUACACUAUGAUUUUUAAACCCAAAUGUGAAACUUUUUAACAAUUCUGUAUCUCAGACCUGUUCUCAUUUUAGUUUGCAAUAUUUAGGACAUCAUCAAAUUCAGUUGCUAAUCUCAGUGAAUAGUAGAGAAAUCAAGUGUAAACUUAAUACUAUGGAAAUAACAUUACAUAAUCCAUGUAAAAAAAGCAGUCCUAGCAGAAGCUGUAAAGAUUUCUGCUAGUGAAGCUUGUUGUUAUGAGUCUAAAUGAUGUGAAAAAUGACUUUCUUCAUGCCUACACAUUUAAAGCAGCUUAGAUUGACUUAAAUCCCUGUACUUAAAAAACAGUUUGAAAUCAGGAUGAGACUUCAGUAGAAUUUGUUUGAGCAGUAUGAUAUUAAAAUUAUUCAUUCUAAUGAAUUAAACUGUAAAUGCUGAUCUUCCUGUGCACCACUGACUGGGUGUCUUGAAUAUUAUAGAGCUGGUAUGUAUAAAGCAAAAUACAGAUGACAAGUCCUGAUACUGCAAAAGCACAAGCAAGCAAAUUUCCUAAGAGAAUGGCAGGGAGAGGCUUCUAGCACUCUCUCUCUCCUUCUUAGGAUCUUCUUUUUACCACCUGGCGCUCUGUUCCCCACCUGACUAUUUUGGGAAUGUAACUCCUUGCAGGAAAACUAGAUGGGAACUAAUAAAGUUGGGAGGAUGGUGAAUGGAGCUUCUCAGCAGGGAUCCAGCAGUCUGAGUCAAUCUGUAAGAAAGCAAUAGGAUGUGACCAGUUCUGUACAGUGCUUCCAGAUUCUUGGAAGCUCUUCUGCCCUGUGGGGAGAGAUGUAACAAACAGGAAAGGAGAUGAACUCUUUUUUUUUUUUUUCCCAGUCUACUCUGGGGAAACAUCUACCUCUGGUAACUUUAUUAAUAUGGGGCUAUCUAGAAGUUUAGUAUUAAGGCAUCUGCACAAGGGUUCAUAGUGUAUCAGAGGCUAAAACUGUAACAUAAACAAAAUUGCUUCAGUUAUUAGUGGCAUUAAAUUUUAAUGCAUUUGAAUUUGAAAUUAAUAAUCUUAACAUUGGAGUUCAAAUCUCACGGGCGUUGAAGUGUUUUACUUAUUUUUGCUAAUUAUUGAUAUGAAGCAACUGUAUCUACUUAGUGUGAAAUGAGGAAAAUCUUCAUUCUGCAAUAUGUAAACUUCAAUAACACCUUUUCUGAUUUUCUGACAGUGCUGCUCUACACUUCCUUUACUGAAGGAAGAUUGUUUACUUUAAAGUAUCAUCUUCUUCCUUUAUCAAAGACUUUCCUUCCUGUACGAAGUCAUCAGCUGACGGUGACUUUCAUUUAUUAUGCUAGUUUGCACUUCUGUGCCUUUUGUUUACUUGAAUGUAUUGUGAAUAAUUAAAGGACUAAAGGCGCUUGGAUGAGAAAAGAAUGAGGUCCAUGGAUACAGAAGAUGAACUGGUAGCAUACUGAAUGCAGGUGUGAUGCUCUCAUUCAGUGGAUGUCUGCUGUGGUGCAUUGGCACUUUGCAGCUUGGGUGCAAGAUGAGCUAUUAACUUAGGCAGGAGGGUUGAUUCUGAGAAUGCUAAUUACAGAACGUUACAAGGUAACCUAUUGCUGAAGUACAAACACCCAAAGUUAGAGUGCUGCCAAACUCCUGUGUUACCCAAUUUGAACUUUAACAGACGCAUGGAUAUGUUGGAUAUGUAUGCUGGUAUGAAGGAUUUGUAGAAAACUAACUAGGGUCCCACUAUAAAUUGCAUGGAGUUCAUUUCUUAGGACCUUUUCUGCAAUUCUGUAAUCUAAUUGAUCUAAAUAUGUGAGAUAAUACUCUUGAUGAGUAAUGUCCUGUUUUACAGAAACUUGAUUACACACAUAGCAGAACUAUGCAUUUGGGAUUUGGUUAAAGCAAAACACUAAAUGUAUGUACUAAAAACUGAUUUUUAGAUGUAUUUAUGGUUACAGAGACAGGCUGCACAGCAUGUAAUUGCUAAAUGCUGCAGUGACCAUGAAGUUUCUAAAGUUCUUCCACAUCUUACUAAUGUAUACACUCUUAAUUAUCAACUUUUUUUAAAUUAUUAUUUCAGGAUGAUCAGUGGUUGAUUAUGAAUGGCUAAACUUUAUAUAUAUAUAAUGGUACUAAGGCUCAGUAUAGGGUUUUAAAACAUGCUGAUAUUGUUAGCCUUUCAUUCACUACCUCCUAAAUUUUUAACAUCUUUAUAAUUUUCUCCUUGGACGAAAGUGCUUAAAGGCUUGACUGUUUCAUACAGAUUUUUAUCUUUAGCUAAAAGAAAUCCAGAAGUGAUAGUGAGGUUGCUACGCAUGAUUGACAAAAUUAAGCUGCUAUUAAUGUAAUCUUUGUGUAUUAAGUAUCCUGUAUAUGUAAACUGUAUUUUCAACCCAGAUUUUAUAAAUUAAUUUAUAAAUAUCCAAAUUACUUAAAAAUGGAGCAGAAAACUGAAAUUUCUUUGAGUAGUGUUAUAUAUUGUAUACCUGUAUGGGGGAAGUCCUUCACUGCAGAUGGGAGAUAAGUGCACCUUACUGGGAAACAAGCAAAUUCUUCAUAGAAUUAAGAUGCAUUUAUUUCUGCUCUGGUACUGGGUAAGUCAAGCCUAACUGUGAAUCAUAUGUUUUUCCACAGCUGAAUUAAAUUUAGGGCGAUGUUCUCACAACCUGUCUUUAACAUGUGUAUUUUUGUGAAUAUUAUGUAUUUUCUAAUUAAAUUCUACUUGGAAUGUGAUUUUUACAUCAAUGAACUUGUUUAAAAUGUCAAAUAUCAGUAUUUUUCUUACAACUUCAAUGUAUAAUGUACAUUGUUAGCUCACUGAAUGAAGAUCGAUUUUAUGAAUCUGGCUAGCUGUAGCUGUAUAUUAGUCUUAUAUUUUUACAGACUGGAAUAAUAAAUGGAUAUAGAAAUAAAAUGGCUUUUUUUCGUAAUUACUU